GCGGUCAUUCGUGGGAGCGUGUCCUGUUCUCCUCGGUCCAUGAGGCAAGCCUUCCCACAAAGAAGCCAUCCAUCAUUUUGGUAGCUAGGCUUCCUCCAUAAAACAGGAAUUUCGCGAUCUCGUGCCCCUUCCUGUCCCGCGUAGCGUAUUCCUCACCGACGAGCAGCCGUCGCAUGCGCAUAACGAUGGACCUAUACCAUUUUUCUGUCGCCGGGAAGCAGCCGAAGGGAUCGAACCAGCUCGAUCAUAAGAUGGCUGGAAAGUGCGCUCAGCGCCUGCCCUUGCCAUGCCCCUGCAAGACACCCUCGUCUGCCUGUAUAUGCGCCGCCGCCAGCUCUCUUCGCCUUAUGCAGUCAGUGUCCCGCCCCUUGCGGUCGCCGUGGUCGCUGACAGAGCUUCAUUCAGUCCCAAAGCACAGCUCAAAGGAUUUCGAAUUAAGGUCCCCGAUGAUAUCUGGAACAUGAUCUUUCGCCUCCUUUUCGACUCGGGGAAGUCGGUCCUCAACGUUUCUCUUUCGUGCCGCCGUUUCUAUAUCCUGACUCUACCGUUGCUCUUCAAGCGGCUGAGCUUUCAUCAUGACCGGAACCACCAUGCAGAGACAUUGUGUGAACUGGUACAGAAAAGACGACAUCUGCAAAACUACGUGCAAUCAGUCGAUAUCAACUGCAUCACCUGGAACGACGCUCAUUUGAUGGUGGCUAGCUUUCCACCACCAUGCAUUGUUCAACUUUUGGGGAUACUCACUAAUCUCCAGUCGGUCAGUCUCUCUGGGACAGUCCUAAGCUACAGAGGUGCCCUGUUGCUGGCCGAAACAAAGACCUUGCGACAAUUCUCCAUCAGCUCGAGCUGCCGACUGGGGAAGAAUAUGUUCGCAGAUAUACCUCGCCGGAAGAAUCACUCUAUAGAAAGGUUGACUAUUGGCGAGUUGGCAUAUGACAAACCGGAAGACCUCGUCGAUUGGCUGUACCUGGUGCUGAGCAACACCCUCACAGAUCUUCAUGUGAUCGGUGGGCUCACCACUGGGAAAUUUUUCAUCGAGUCACUGCUGCAAGAGCUGGUACUCAACACACUCCGUCGCUUGCAUAUCGAGUAUAUCGACGGCGCGAUCCUCUAUGAAAUAGUGGCUAGGCAGCAACGACUAGAGGAACUCCACUUCUUUUGCUCAGAUCCUCUCUUCGUCGUCGAUUCUCGGUUGCCACCUAACAUAUCAUCAUGGUCGGGGCCUGCGUUCCUGGCCACCCACUUCAUUCCAGACUCCGAGAUCAACAAAGUCAGACUCUGGAUGCAGGACAUGUCAGAACAGGGCAGGCAUGUGCAGGACAAACCCUUGGCGUGGGUAUACGAGACCUCCAUCAAGCAUGCCCGGCGACCUAUCCAGAGCCUGGAGAUCCUGCAUUUCGAGUGGAACCAAUGCCUUAUGGACUCCAUCCCUCGGGUCUUUCCUGACCUGGAAAGGCUUGCCCUUUUUUUCAUUGAUCGACCGGACAUGGACUACCUUGAAAACAAGCUUGCUGCAAAACUCGCGAUGAUGAAACACCUUCGCUAUCUUUCCAUGGGCACCGAGGGCACCAUCCCCGCCGUACGGCCUGCGAAUGACAUCCCUUGGUGUUACAACAACCUGCUCAAAUGGACCGAGAACUGUCCGACACUGAAGCAGGUGGAAUGUCGGGUACUGAACCUGUGGAUAGACUGGAGACGGUUCGGGCAUGCUGAAUGGAAAGGCUUCAUGAAAGGCGAGAUGGUUCUGGACGAACGUGAGCUACUGAAACUCCACAUCUAUCCUUCAUAGGGAAGCGAUUUGCUGCGAUCAUCUAUAUCCACACAUGCUGGUCAAAAUUAAUCUGCAUGUGAGUGAAACCUUGCGCAACUUUGUCCAUACUCCUUCCUCAGCCUGGAACUCGGACCAGAACCUUCGUUACUCUCAACUCCUGUAUUCAUAGCCUCGGUAGUACCAAUAGAUACC